AUUACUCUAAACAAGAAGAAACGAAACCAAAUUGUCGUAAUCCUUAUUUUUGUCAUUAGUCAAGGUCUAAAACAUUUAAAUUUACCGGUUUUACCGAAAAGAUUAACUGAACAUGCAUUAGUCGUACGACAUUCCCCCGAAGCAUAGUUUUUUCUAGAUGUGAGGCAGACUGCGUUUUUAUUCCUAUUCAUAUCACAUCAGCCGAACUUUAUAGGGAUGAGGUCAGUGGUGAGACACAUUUAACUGUUAAAAUUACGCAUAUGUAAAGUAUUCGUGCGCUCAUUUGCACAUUGCCAUGGUGAUGUGGAAACGAAGGCAACUUGAGUACAAAUGAGAGUGCGGUUAUUGCGCAAAUCGGAGUCACACUCAUUUGAAGUUACGAUACUGCGGUAUUGGAUUCGCGAACCGAAGACAACUCACUGAGUUUAUGUAGAACCGGGAACGCGUACAGAUGUACAUUCGCAACCACGCGUUGCAGUCUAAAGCUAAGAGCAAGAGGAUAAUAAAUAAAUAAUAACCAUAAUCAUAAUAAACAUAACAAAAAGCAGUAAUGUGCGUUCUAGGUGCAUGUAAUCACAUGUCGGUGUAGACAAAGUGCUGUGAGUUGAAUGAGAAAUGUGAAGGGAGCAUCCCAUCGGAUAAAAUGAAAUAAAUUCGCUUAAAGAGACAGCUACCUUUGCAGUGAAACUUAGCUGCAUAAAUAGAUAUAUUCGAAUGCAAAAGUGAACUCGUCGAGUGAAAGACAAAAUUCGAAGCAAAUACAGAAGUGCAAAGCAAUUUCAGCGAAACGGCUAUAAAGUGAAAGCAACAAGAGUAGGGAUUGAGCAGCAACAGCCACUGCAAGGUACAUAGCUGCUUAAUUAAGGCAGGCAAUCUUCGUCGCAUACUCGCGCACUUGCCAAACAAAUAUUUUCACUUCAUCUCAACACACACACAUGCAGACACAUUAAUGCAUAUAUACUUAUAUAAACAUAUAUCCGCACUUUAGGCAAGUGGAGUGUAUCAGCUUUUAGGCGCAGCCACCGCCGAAGCAGGAGCCAAGAAUAACAAACAUUGCAAGCGUCGAGGAGCAGAAUUUGCGGAAUCCACGGUGAAACACGUUUCCGCUAGAUGUUGGUGUGACAGCCGACUGGAGACGAUACCUUAUUGGCAUAGUUUAAAGCAUCCACAGGCGGCUAAGACAGUCGUUAGCCAAGUAGGCAUUGACUUUUCGAGACAGCAAACCUUGCGGCUUGCGUGCGUACGUGUUACCGUUACACUGCUACCUAUCUAAAUGUUGUAAAGUUGAAGGAUUUUUGGUGCUGAGUAAACUCACACAUACACAUACAUUUGGCAGUGACUGCGGAUAGUCGCUAGUCGACGUUGUGCUAACCAAAUACUGCACUGCAGCAGCAUUUUGCAAAUACACCCACUUUCAUACGCAUAUCUAUAUAUGUACAUAUAUAUACACGUUUAGUAUGUGUAUGUAAAUACAGUUUAAAAUCUGUUUUGUUUCAGUUGCAUAUUUCACCAAAAAAACUGUGUAGUAGUGUGUGCACAGCAAAGAAUAACGGCAACCGACCGAGUCCCAACACUGUUGACGCCGCUUUGAACUUCGAUCCAUAGACGCUGUGUAGCCAACAAGGUCCCGUGGCGAGCCGUUCUUCGUCAGUUGCCAAUUAGUCGCCUACCGGUGCAAGUGCAUAAAGUUGUUGUGAAUCUGGCAAGUUUUUUAGCCUCAAUCGUUACGCAUUUACCGAAUUACCAAUGUAAAAAUUAAUUUAUACGUCUGCUAAACGAAAUCAGCUGUGAGUAGGUUAGUUCUGAAAGUGUUGUUUGUUGCUUAUUGAACGCGUAGAAGAGUGUGUGGAAUAAAGAAAACAAUAUAAAAUAGAUGAUCAAAUAAAAACGGUAUUCAGCCAAAUGAAACGAGCCGGAUAAUCGGUAUAAACUGCAACGCAUUCAAUAUCGUCGCGUACACACAUCUGCAAUAUACCGUUAUAGUCUCCGCAAACCACAAUUCGGUCGGUGGCUGACCUACUGCGUUCGCCUGCACCCAAACAACUAAUACAACAAAAUAAACAAGAGCAACACAAUCGACCGCAACCGAGGACUCGUUCAACAGCGCCUGACAUCAUCCGCCGCAUCGUACUCGACGUCCGCAUCGUCGUCUCAAGAUGACCACAGAUUUGUUGUUCCCGAAAAUUUCGGAUUGCUCAUACGUCUCGUGUUACUGCGAAGAGAAUGUUUGGAAACUUUGUGAACAAGUGAAGAAAACACGCAUCGAUGAACUUUCCAAGUGCUACGCGGUGUUCGUGUCAAAUGAGGGGCGCACGGUGCCGCUAUGGCGUCAAAAAGCAGGACGUGGCGAUGAUCAGGUCGUGAUAUGGGACUACCACGUCUUCUUUAUGCACAAUCCAUCGCCAAAUCGCUGCUUGGUGUUUGACUUGGACACGACACUACCUUUUCCUACAUAUUUUCACAAGUACGUAACAGAAACGUUUCGCUCGGAUCUUGCGCUGAGACCGGAACAUCACAGGUACUUCAGAGUCAUACCCGCAGAAACAUAUCUAAGUGAAUUUUCAUCCGACCGCCGCCACAUGCGAAGGCCAGAUGGCAGUUGGAUAAAGCCACCGCCGUCAUACCCGCCCAUACAGUCAAACAGCAAUGCGCAUAGUUUGGGUGACUUUAUCUGCAUGAAUGCGGGCAAAGGACCCGGCACCGUCUACAGCCUCUCGGAAUUCGUGCAAACCUUCUACAAGGCGCCGAAUAUGGUGGCGCAGCAGAACAACAAAUAAUAUCAACAUUGCUGAACAGCUAUCAAUGAAGUGCCAGUCAAGUUAACGAGCCGACAGUAGCGCCAAAACGCCGCAUGUGCACUUGCAGUAGAAAAUGAGAAAACGAAAGAGUUGCAACUGGACCAGUUGUUUACGCUUAGGUGAAUUAUUUAAUAGCAAUAGGGAGUGCAUUGAGGGUCGGCAACGUUUUGCAGGCAGUGAUGCGAUGUCGUGAGUGUCAACGUAAAGAUCAAAUAAAUAACAAUAACAGCAGCAGCAGCAGCACAUGCCAAUAAGUAGGGGAGCAGAAUUGAGGACAACAUGAAUAAGUUAUAGCAGGUUUCAGAAGCCAAUGCAGCGACCAUCAAGCGAACCAUAUUAUCGUCAGUAAAAGUUGCCUUCAAAUUGCUCGCUUGCACUCGGCGCAGGAGUGCCAUGCAGGCUAUCAAUGAACAGCUGAAAAUGUCACUUAAUUUGCAUACAACACAAAAUCACCUUUAGCUUUAGCCAGGCACAGCUGCUAAGCUUUAACGACUGCAAGAUUCUCCAACAAGCGCCGAUUUGGCCUUUCGGUUCAUUCCGAUUGACGAUACUUCUAUUAUGCGCAGAACUACAUGAGCAGUCAUACCGCCUGCACCUCGAAACUCGUGGCUAGAAUGCUUUGCCAGCAUUCAGUAAAAAAUACUUUCCAAGUAUGCGCUAUGCCGAGGAAUAUUUUCAACUUUUAUGCAUGGCAUUCUAUUUGCUGCCGUUUUUGUUGGCUGCUCAUAUUUAUAACCAAGCAUCCUUGCCGACAUUGGCGCUAGCAUACCAAGUAGAAUUUGAUGGAUUCAUUGGCUUUAAUGGCCGCUGUUGAUGGCUUCAUGCUUGAUUGAAUAAUCGACUGUUGACCGACGGAUGGUUGCGGGCACCCGAUGCAUCGGCAUCAACAACAACAUUAGCUAGACGUCUGCCGAAAUCUCUUAUAAGUUGCUGCUAUUGCCAUGUGUCGACGUUUGUGGCGCAUUGGGAGAAAGGGUAUAAAUAUUCAGUGGGGUAUAUGCAUUUCGUGGCAUAAUGAUGGCGGAAGGCAAUAGAUAAGAAUGGAAAGAACUUUGUAAUCAAAGAUAACACAACAUAAACUAUUAAAUAUUAAAUUAAUGUUUAAAUCAGCAAACAGAUAGAAAAUAUAUUAACUAAUAUAUAGUUAGUAAUAAAUACAUGAACUAUUACAUUUACAAUAAAUAUCUGCUUAUAUAACUAAAAAAGACGUAACAAUAUCGUAAUUAUAAUGAUAACGUAUUUUUGUAUUCAGAUACAUGCUUAGAAGCAAAUAAAAUAUAAAACAAUACAAUUAACUGAGGAAAAAAACAUACUAAGGUUUAUAAUUCAGCGAUAGAAAUUCGAAGAAAAUACAAAAAAAAAAAUAUUUUAUAUAUUAUUAUAAUAUUAGCCAGUCAACAUGCAAAAUGCAUUCGGCAAAUUUUGAUCCACUUUAUUAUAACCUAAUCCAAAUUUUUAAAGUCGCACUAAUUAAUUGGUGCAACGACUCUGUUAUUUCUGAGGCACUCUUAAUUCAUAGCUACAGCAAACAAACCGAAAAUGUUUUCUGAGUUGGUGUAUCGUGUGCCCGAGUUGGUGAUUUUGCGCAGGCACAGUACCAUUAAUAGUCUUUUGAAAAAAUUUACACUCGAGUUCAUAAUUUCACAUUUGAGAUAUGGAGACACAUAAGUUGCAAAAGAAAUAUAUAUUCAUUUAUUCAGAUUUUGAUGAAAGAAUUUCAAUUGCGAAAAGAAAGUUGAGCCUCAAUUUCAAAAGUCAGACUUUAAAUUGAAAACCUUAAUAUAUAACUCAAACAGCAGCGGCAAUAUAUUAAAUUUGCUCGACUUACGCUUUUGUAUUUAUGGAAGACUUUGAAAUAUUACUUACACCUAUGUUAUCGAAAAAUUUGUUUCAUAUUGUUAGCACAUGUCUAAGGUACUAAAUAUGAUUACCGGUUCCGAAUAAAUUGUUUAAAAUACCUUAAAUUCAUUUCGAUUUAUCUAAGUCGAUUUAAGUCGUUUUAAAAUAUGGGCAUAAUAAUAAAUUAUCGAUAUACAUAUAUGUACAUAAGUAUGUGGUAUCGUAUUUUUUAAAAAACUUUGAUAUUUUAAUUCAAAUACCACUGUUUAAUAAUAAAAAAAAAAAAAAAAAACAAUUAUUAAACUAAUAAUUAAUAAAUAAUAAUUAAAUUAAAGGAAAAGAAAUUACAAUUUAAAUUGCCUUGUGAUGAGUCUUCUAAAAAAAGUUAAGUUUCGCAAAUCAAUUGCCCUUGGAAGUUACACUAGUAAAUAAGUUUGUAUUCUACAUAAAAUUAAUUAUAUCAAUUAGUACAUGAAAUUAUCUAAAUUAUUUUUGUCAUCAAUUAUACUCCAAUAUAUACAUAGUAAUAUUUUUGAAACGAUUUUUAAAUGUGUACAUUUUUAUACUCAACUAAAUUAGAGAUAUGAACAUAAUGUUUUAUAUAUUAGUAGUCCAAUCUAUCCGCACCAGCCAAUAAUAAACGACUUCACAUUACCAAACAUUUGUUUGAAAGUGCUUAACAAGGCAGUGCAUCGAAGUGAUCGCAAAUAAAAUUUUUUCAAAUUUAUAAAACAUCUCACAGGAGUAAAUUACAAAUCUCUGCUAUAUUCGAGGCUAAUGCUAAUGUAAACGCAUUAAAUUUAGGUAAACUUUAUAUUUACUAAGCUCUAAGCGUUUUUUACAUUUUUAAUAAAAAUUACUCCAGCCUAACUAGUUUCUUCCAGUUAACGAUAUACUUCUUCUCAGCACGCAGAAUUAAGAACCAAAAAAUUUUAAUGAAAACCUAUCUAUUGAUAUGUUAAUCUACGAAGAGAGUUAUCUAGUAAGAAGUUCUCUUGUACCACUUAAGUUGUGUUAUGGAAAUAGUAAUUAUUUUACACGAGGACUGGAAAUAGAGUUACAAUAUAGUUUUACAUAACGGCCUUCAUGUAAACACGACAACAUUAGUCUUCUCGUGCUUGUUUAUUCUCAUUAUUGUGCUCAUAACUUAUGUAACAAAUACAUUACAGUUUAGAGAUUUUCUUUGGUACCUGUAAGCUGAUGGAAAUCUUUUUUACUUCCAAUGGAAAAAAUAUUGAAAUAGCACGCAGUAGCAGCAACGGUCCCACCCUGUAUUUAAGUUUAGCCGAAAUUCCAUUUCAGUACGAGUAGCCUUAUGAACUGUUUAAAAAGCAAUGUUGCCAAAAUGUUAAAAAAAAAUGUUUUUUUUUUCGAUAAAAAAAUAAAAAUGGCCCAAAAACACAAGUUAACAUUAUUUCUACUACUAAUUACUUACAUAUACUACGACUACUAUUUAUUAUUAUCGUACUAUUUUUAUGAAUGCAAUAUAUUGAGAUAAUGCAUUUUAGUGCAACUUAAAAUAAGAGAACUUUUCAUUACAAUUUAUAAAAUAUAUGCAAUAAAGGCAAAUGCAGAAAUCUAAGCAUAAAUGAAAUGAAAAGCACUAAACUUUUCAUAUUAAAUUAUAUAUAUAUAUUGAAUAUGUCUAAACUUUAGAAAAUAAAUGUAAAAGAUAAACCGAAACUGAAAACAUAGGCGAUAAAGGUAAGAAUACACAAAUAACUGUAUUUGCUUAACCAUGGAAGAGCGGAGCAAACUUAUUAUAUACAUGCAAAUAUACAUAUGUUAAAAAAAUAUUUUCACUGUGCAAGUCUUAAAGUUAAACCAUAAUUUUUAAAACACAACAACAAAAAUAUAUUGUAUACAUGCUAAAUAUUAUAAGCGCAAAGUAUUUAAACUCAUCUACUAUAUACUUAUACUAUUCGUAAUUUAAGCGGUUGGUGAAUUUAUCAAUUCAAUUUAAACUCAAUUGAAAGCAGCUAUAAAUAUUUAUAGUAUACACACGUGGUAGUUAAUGCAUAAAAAGCUAUUACAAUGAUGAUAUUUAUACAAAAAUUUAACGGUAAUACUAAAUCUUUAUCUCGAUGGUGUUUCUCGUAAACUUUUGACUCUCUACACCCACACAGAAACACACCAUUAGGUUAUACUUACCACACUUAUACGUUAAAAUUGAAACUCACAUCGACACCCAUAACAAGAACACCCACACCCCCAACCACAAAUGUUGUAAAUUCUAAGCCAUUCACAUAAAUUGCUGUCUUAAUCCAGAUACUCAAAGUUUUGUAUUUUUGAACUCUUUCGCAACUCUUUAACCAUAUGCUAUAACAAAAAUUAAAACGUAAAAAUAAUAAAAAUAACAUGCUUGACUUUAAAAACAUACAAUUUAUGCAUAUUAUAUACAUACAUAUACAAAAUACUAUUUAACAAACAAAUAGUCAAGUGAAAAAUAUAUGUAUUCCAAGUUAAAAGUGAAAAUUCCUUGAAAGAUUGUAUAUAGCAGAGAAAGGAGAUAUUUGAGAGUUUUAUAUAUUAUUUCUAACUAAUAGUAAUUUUUACCACAAAACAAGGUGCUCGACGUGCAUAAACACAAAAUUAUGGCAAAACUCGCAGGAAAUAGAGAUUAUGACAGUGCGCUCGAUACAAAAAUAAUUUAGUUCGUGGGGUCAUGAACGAAAUUAAGUUUGUUAGGUGUGGUGGACAUAACUUAAGGGCUGGCAAUAAUGUCUUUGGUUGUUUAGGCAUUUGAUGAUGCCACCUUGCAAAAAAACACGAGUGAUUACAACACUCGCUUUAGCAAAGCUGAUGUGUCGAUACGUCUUAUUCAGGUGCCAUAUUAAAGUCGCAUUGCCUUUUAAUUUCAAUUCACUUGCAUUAUAUGCUCGCUAAAUGAUACUUCCGAGCAGAAGGAAACCUUUACACAGAAAAUAUAUAUAUAUGUAUAUAUUCCUUAUAGACUACCGAAAGGCAUAGUUGUUUGAAAAAUAUUUUAAAAUUCUAUAAUAAUUCUUUAAAUAGAACAAAAGUUGGGUUUCCAAGAUCCGAGAUAAAAAAUUAAAUUUUGAAUUUUUUAUUACAGGAAACUUUCAAAUUUUAUUUUGAAUUUAUUAGUAAAAAUUAAACACUUAAUUUAUAAUAGCCAAAACAGAAUUCAGAAUUAAUAAAAUAUAAUUAAUCAGAAUAUGUAAGUUUGCUCUAGAGAGUUAAUUUAUGGCUCUCUACUAAGCUUUAGUUCAAAAUGGUAGAAUACGAAGUAAGCGAACACGAAAAAAUGUUAAUUCUAACAGAGUUUUUUUUAAUUCUUAGUUAUAUGAUUGGAAUUACAUUUUUUAAAUUUAUCGAUGAGGAAUUUGAAGUUAAAAAUUAAAAAUAAAAUUUUAAUCCGGAUUUUUUUUUUAACCCGUAUUUUAUCUAGUUUCUUUUCUAUACAUCACUUGGGCUUAAAAAUUUAAAACUUAUUUUUAAUUAAGUUUUUCGACAUUAUAAAAUACAAAAAAAAUUUCAAUUCAAUUAUUUUUUAAUGAGUUAUUUGCAACCCUGCCUAUAAUGCGGAAGUAUUAAUAAUAUAUCGCUUAAUUACAUAUAUUUUAAAAAUAAAAAAAAAUAAAUUGCAAUAAACAAAUAAUAAUGCUUGGUAAAGUAUUACUAAAAAGUCACCAAAAUAAUCAGCAAACUAAUAUAAGAAUGUAUACUCGUUUAAGGUAUUUAUUCGAAGCCGAAUACUCAAAUGACAAUGCCACUUUGAAGCAUUAAUUAAGAAUUGUUUAAAUACUCUAAGGUCAAAGCAUUUAAACGGUGUUGAAUUAUGCAGUCGAAAAGCUUUGACGCCACUCCGCAUAGACGCUUUGCACCUUGUAAUGCUUUUAAAACGGAACCUUUUGAACUUUCGUUCCACAAAAAUUACGGGUAAACACAAUUUAAAUAUUUUAACAAUUAAUUAAAAUGGAUUUUGAACACAUUUCACUUACUUUAAAUGAUUAUACUUAGUUUUUGGAAUAUAUCAUAUGUAAUUUAAUUUAUUUUAUAUAUACAUAUGUAAGUAGACAUUUUAUAUUUAAACCUAUGAAUUAUUAUACAAAACACAAAUAGGAUCGAUGUGAACAUUAUUGACACAUAAAAUAAAUAUGUAUGUAUAUUAAACAAUAUAAUUGCUUAAAAGAGAACGAGUAUGUAUUGUUGGUAAACAAUAUAAUGUAGUUAGGCGAAUAUUUUAUAAAACAAAGAAGUUAUACAAUGUAGCAAGAACAAGAACAAUGAAAUUACACAUGCAAAUCAAAUUAGGAAUUAUAAUAGCGCAAAUAACGGUGCAGAAAAUUAAGCGAAUGCCAUGUAAAGUAGCUAAAGAGUAAAAGUACUCAAACGUGCGAAGUCUCUAAAUUUCAUGUAUACAUACACACCCGCUUACUCACACAGUCACAAAACAAAGUUAAAAUAAACAAAAAUAAUGACAGCAAUAAAUAUUCGAAUACAAGUAAAUAUGCAAAAAUAUAAAUGGUAAAGGCAACAAAAAUAACAAUUGCGCUCUAACUGUAAAAGGCAAGCUGCGAUCAGCGGGCAAAACAAACUGAUGAAUGAACAUUAAAAUCACAUCAUCAAAAGUUCCACAAACCAAAUUGGACUAACCAAGUUGGCUUUUUAUUGCUAAAUGUUAUUGUUGUUAUUAGCAAAAACUCAAAUUUAUUUCAUUUUUGAACUUGUGCUCUCUUUAUUAUAGCCGCUAAGGUUAACUGUUGAUAAUAUCAAUUAAUAUUUAUUCUGUUAGUUGCGUUUUGACUUCACCCAGUAAUUGGCUUUUGUGGAAUUCAGCGAUCAAAAUGAAAACAACCUGCAUACACCUAUGGCUCUAAAAGAACUCACUGAAAUUUGAAAAAGUUUAAAAUCAAUUAGUUAGUUACUUUUUGGUAUAUGAAAUGAAGUUACUUUAAAUAAAUCUGGGAAAGAAGCGGCUGUAACUUCAAUAUUUAAACUAAGUAUGUGCAACUUCCUGUUAUCAAAAAUGAGAAGGAAGUAACUUUGUUCGACGGGCGUAACCUAAAAUAUCUAUUUAAAUACUGGCUGCCAAGCAAGUCUGAAACAUUUAUAGGGUUUUGCAUAAUUUCAAUAUGAAUAAUGCUGAAGGAUCGUUGACCAAUAAUGCGGAUUGGCGAGCAGCCAGACAUUCCUUAGAAAUAAUCAUACUUAUAUCCAUGACUUUUCGUUCUAAUCAAUGCAAUUUCAAUUUACAAUUCUAGUUUAAAUGCUAUAUAGUUGAGUUGUUUAAUUGAGUGGAGCGCAACAGACGUAGUUUUUAUACCGUGAAAAGGUUUACUGAAUUUGCCACGAUGUCUGUAACUCUAAAAGGAAACGUCGACCUUGUAAAGUAUAUACUUGUACAUUAUGAUGAGUUGAGUUUAUUUAGUUGUGUUCUUGUGUGUGUUAUAUACCGAAUUACUCCCUCAGUUUGUUUGCCUACGUCCUUUUUACAUCAAGAAGCCUCUGUCAGAACCGCCGCUUGCGGUCAAAUAUAGCAAAUAUAGCGUUGUCACACACACUGAUCGGUCUAACUCAUGUCCUUGUGUAGAAAAGUUUUUAUUGUUCAGAUCGGACCAACAUGGCAUAUAGCUGUCGUUUAAACUGACCGAUCAAACUCAAGAAAAAGGUCUUUAAUAAUUUUUGAAAUAUAAAAGAAGUUAAUGUUUUCUUUUCUUUUCUUUAAAACUAAAUUACUUUUGCUGUCGAGAACUAUGAAAUUACCAACCAAGAAUAUUGAAAAAUAUUCGGGGAAACAGGCACGACACUUAAUGACAUCGGAACGGAUUUUGAAUCGAAGCUUUGUUGUAUUUUAUCAAUAACUUUAAAUAAUUAUCCUGAUUACGGUUUGCAACUGCACUCAGUUAAGUUAAGUUGAAGUUAAAGUAAUUAAAGUUCAGAUCAUUUAAACCCUCUUUUGGUAUUAAGAACUUCAACUAUUUUCAUCUGAAGUUUCAUUGGUAUUGCCAGAAAUUAGAAAGUGAAUAUUUGACAGAUAAUUAAACAACUGAAAAUUUUUAAACGAAAAAUCAAAACAAUACGAUUAAUAGUAGUGGAUAGUACACAAAUGACUGAAUAGAAACGCUUCAAAAAUUUUACUCAAAAUGAAAAUAAUUUGUAUCGAUUCUUUGUCCUUUAUUUUUUUUCCAAAUUGUAGCUUGCCUUUUCCAGUUUCGAGAUUUGUUUCCACAAGCUCAACAAAUUGUUCACCUUUCUAUGUUUUGGUGCUAGAUAAGUUAAAUUAAAUAAACCAUUAAAAUAGUUUUGAAAAUAUAUCGUUACCUAAAAUGCAAAACAACGUAUCAUCAAAAAAAUUGAAAUUAAGUUUCUUAUUGAUUAUGAUGCACUAAACCAUAUUACAUACAUAUAUGUAUGUAUAUCUAAAAAAUUUUCAGUUUCUACCCUCAGAUAUAUAUAUAUAUACAACAUCAAGUUGCAAGCAAAUUUAAUUUUUUUUCUAUAAGAAGACUUUCUGUUUUAUACCGUCUUUUUCUUCUCCUGAAAACUUUUGAAGAAUGAUGUUACGUUAUUUUGCAUUUUAGGUAACGAUAUAUACAAGUAUAUUAGUUUAUUUACCCAUUCCAUUUUCCAUUUUCUAUUAAUAUUUUUCGUAAAUAAACGUUUGCUUUUUGGCAGUUGUAGUUUUUUGAUAUUCUAGUCAACCACACUGACACAUAGUUGAAACCCGUAAUACUCCAAAAAAGUUAAAGUUUGACAACAAAACCGUAAUAGGACUUAAAAACUUAAAAUAGCCAAAGAUGAGCCGAUUUUAAUAAAAAUGUCGGCAACAAUAACGACAUAAAUACAAUUUCAAUAUAGCAUUUAUACUUCAAAGAAAAAACAUGUGUUUAAUAAUAUAACAGCAGUGCUUAAUUAAAAAAAUAUAUAAGUAUAUACUGAAACAUAAGCGAACACAAUAAAAUAGAAAACGAAAGUCACACAGAUACUCGAAUGUUUACGUUGUGAAAUGGUUUCAAGCGCGUUAGUACUAUUUUCGAAAGGCAUUUAUUUUUAUGCAAAAGAAUCGUACGUAAGCUCUAUACACAUGUAUGUAUAUACACGUAUGUACAUAUGUAUAAAUUAGUUUAAACAAUUUUUUCAAAAUAUUACAAAUAAUAAUAAAAUAUGGUAUAUAAACAAUAUAAAACAUCAAUUAAGGCAAUGCAAAGUGGAUGAAACAGAACAAAAUGCAGCCAGAAGCUCAUAAAACCGAUGCAAUUAAUUUAGAAUAAAAUAAUACUUAAAGGCAACACCUUCAAGUAUCCUUAUGCAGCAUUCACACGCAGGUUAAGGCAGCAAAGCUGCAUAAAUACAACAACACAACUAUUUAAAAUAAUCAUAUAAUCUACUGAACGAAACCAAAUCACUUGCGAAUAAGAGUUGCAAGCAGCAAACUUAAAACUUACACACAUAUACAUACAUACAUAUACACAUACGGAUGUAACAGAAGUAGCGGCAUGGCACCCGAAACAUUCGCAUAAAACUCCGACGAAACCCAGUCUGAAAAGUGAAGUUAUAAAUGUGGGCAUACAUACCCAUACAUAUAUACAAUACUGUUCUACUUACACUCACAUACAUGCAUAUGUGUAUGCAUAUUGUCUGUAAUAUGCAACAACAA